UAUGCUCUGUUCCUUUUAGGGAUCCGCACCCCAAAACCCAGGAAUUUGGAGCAAGCCACUGUCAACCCGAUACCAUGCAGCCCAACUCUAACAGUCGCCACAGCGUACCUGCAAACGGCGACAAUAUUGCUACCUCCCAGUGCGUUCAUGCGGCGGCGUCGCCGGGAGAAGGUUCUUGCCAACACGGAGGGGAUGUUCACAUCCAGCUGGGCACAGUUCUUGGAGAGGCUGGAGAAAAUUUGGGCUCCAGGCACCAUCCACGACCGGGGACUCAAAGUCAUUCGCGCGCCCACUCCCACGGCGAAGCGAGGGGCAGCCAAGACGGCGGCGCGGAUUUGGAGGAGCAAAGCGGCAGCUCGCUCUCGGAGCUUUGCUAUCUCCUCCAGUGGCUGUACAAGAGUCUCCCGUACCUCUUGAUCCUGUCCAUCAAACUUCUCAUUCAGCACAUAACCGGCAUUUCUCUGGCAGUUGGGCUGCUAACAACUUUUAUGUAUGCAAACAAAAGCAUUGUAAAUCAGGUUUUCCUAAGAGAAAGGCGUUCCAGAUUGCAAUGUGCAUGGUUGCUGGCGUUUCUAGUGGGAUCGUCUCUCCUCAUCUAUUACGCAUUCUACUCCCAAUCCCUUCAUUACAGCCUGAUCUUUUUAAGUCCCAGCGUGGAUGUUACAAACGUCUGGGAGGUACUUUGGAUGGUGGGCAUCACAGACUUCAUUCUGAAGUUCCUCUCCAUGAGCUUGAAAUGCAUCGUUCUCCUGCUGCCUUCUUUUAUCAUGUCUUUUAAGUCCAAGGGUUACUGGUAUAUGCUCUUGGAGGAAUUCUGCCAAUACUACCGCACCAUUGCCCCUAUACCAGUUUGGUUCCGAUACUUUGUCGGCUUCAGGGAGCUGGACAGUGCGCUGGGAUGGAGUCUUGGAGUCUUACUCGCUUUGCUGUAUCUUAUUCUCAAGCUCCUGAGUUUUUUCGGACACUUGAAAAACUUCAGGCGGAUCUUGCGGAUAUUCUGCACGCGACCAGGCUACGGAGUAGUAGCCAGCAAGCGGCAGUGUGCCGAAGUGGAUGACAUUUGCUCCAUCUGCCAAGCUGAAUUUCAGAAGCCUAUUCUCCUCAUCUGCCAGCACGUGUUUUGUGAAGAAUGCAUCGCGCUGUGGUUCAACCGAGAGAAGACAUGCCCGCUCUGUCGAACGGUCAUCACCGACCACAUCAAUAAGUGGAAAGAUGGGGCCACUUCAGCACACCUACAGGUCUAUUAAAAAGAAAGGGAUCAUAAUCCUGCCAGAUACACAUGCUUCGCAGUGUAAACUCAUUUAAAAACUGGGCUUCACUGUUUUGUGAGGAAAGGAUUACAAAGAGGGUCGAGGACAGAAAGGGAUAACUCCACUCACUCAGGGCUUUAUGCAAAGCUAAAAACAGCUUUUUCUUGCACAGGCUCCCUUUUGUCUGCUUCCAAAUGGUACUUACCCUUCAAAUUGUGUGUAAACUUGGGAGAUAGUUUCUUGAGCUUUAAGCGGAGCCUCCUUGCAGAGUUGAGCCAAGUCUUAAAGGGACCUACUACUAAGGAAUAUGGUACCUUGGCCUGAGUCCGAUUCGUAACCCUAAGGGCCCAUUCCCGCCACACAUUAAAGCUCUGUUUUAAAAGCCAGGUUUCCAUCCUGUGAUUUGCAGUUUACAAAGGGGCAUUUACAACGGUCAGACAGAGAGCACUAAAUAGCAAAUCCCAGGAUUGAACCAUGGCAGUUAAAGCAUUAUCCAGUUCUAUACCUGUUGGUUUAUAGUCAAGACUACCAACAGGAUCGCAGCACUUGAAACGCCAAGAAUCAGGUUUGUGCAACACAUUGUGUCUUGUUGCAGCUGUCAUUUUGCCAGAGCUUGGGAAAGUUACUUUUGACUAC